GUACGUGUAGUUUUCUUGAUUUUAUUUUAAUUUUCUCGCAAACGAAAAGCGUAGUCGCACAUAAACUGUUUUGCACGGACUGAACGCAAUACAGCAACAAAUUGGUUAAAAAGUAAAAAAUAUAUUUAAACAAUGAGCUCGUCAACUGAAGAUUCACCACAUCACGAGAGCGGUGCCGAUGGCGAUGAUGUGCGUGAGGAGCCUUCAAGUACAUCGGAGGGACAGGAGCGAAAAACACAGACAACACAGAAUGCAUCGUCAAAGCUGUUGCACCAUUUCCAAACAAAUCGCAUUGAUUCGGCACUCUGGGCGCUCAGACUCCUGGUCAUAGUAUUGACCAUCAGCUACAUUCUGCCCAUUUUCGCGACACAAAAGAGCGUCUUCAGCAAGGUGUUGCUCGCCAAUGCCGCCAUUUCGGCCCUGCGCUUGCAUCAACGCGUCCCAGCCUUCUCGUUCUCGCGGGAAUUUCUUGGACGGCUCUUUGCCGAAGACUCAUGUCAUUAUAUGAUGUAUUCACUCAUUUUCUUUAACAUUAUACCCAAUCUUCUUGUACUUGUGCCCGUUGUGUUGUAUGCCGUAUUGCAUGCCUCCAGCUACUCGCUCAAGCUCUUGGAUCUUAUUGGCCAAAAUUCGUGGUGGGGCGCUCGUUUCAUUAUCUCGAUUGUGGAGUUCCAAGCGGCCAACAUCUUGAAGGUCACCGCCUUUACGGAAAUCUUUAUUAUGCCUCUGGCCAUUGUGCUGGCAUUCAUAAGCCAUGCGGGUUUGAUGACACCCAUCAUCUACUACCACUAUCUGGUUAUGCGUUAUAGUUCACGUCGCAAUCCCUAUCCCCGCACCGCCUUCGCUGAGCUGCGCAUUGCAUUUGAAGCGCUGGCCGCACGCUCGCCCCCAAUUGUGGGCAAAGUAAUUCGCAGCGGUAUUGGAUUUGUUACUCGAUUGGCGCCACAGCCGCAACCUGCGCCGGCGCAACAGUAAAUACAAAUAAUAAACAACAAUAAUAAUAAUAACAAGAACAACAACCACAAUAACAAUCAAAAGACAAAGCUCGACGGCUUAAUCUGGCCCCAUAAUAUCUGAUGGCAACAACGAUGAACAGAGAAAACCAAUAAGUCUAUUUACUAUAAUAGCCACACAGACACACAAACAAAUAUACACACUCACUAACAUAUUAAAGGCCAACAAAAUCCUUAAACUUUUAGUCAAAAUUGGCAAUGCACUGGUUGUCCAACUGCAAAUGUUGAAAAAAAAGGAUAGGAAUAUUCUCUUCUUACGAGUAAGUUUCGGUAUAUUUUGUUUUGCACAUUCACAUUUUCUUUAUAAAGUUUCGAUUUGAUUUAAUCGUUUGGCAUUAAGUAUAAAUUAUUUAACAACCAACUGCUAAAAAUAUUUCAUUCUAUGUGUGAACGCAGCUCCCACCCCAUUACAAGUUAUAAUAUGCUCGUAUUAUUAACGUUAAUGAAAUAGUUUAAUCGUUUUUAUUGAUCGAUUGUGAACAAAUUUUAUAAGAAGUAGCAUAACUAAACACUUAAAAAUAUGUGAGAAUAUUUGCAAACAUCAUCAUAAGAACGGCAGAGAAGUUGUAUUUUUUAUUAAUGUGUAAAAAAAAAAACUAAACAAACGUAAAAUUAACGUAAUAAAUUAUUUUAUUUCUGGGA